GGGAUUUGUAGUAUGUAACUCCCAAUAUGAAUUCUAUACCUCUUAAAAAGUUUUAAUGGUAAAAAAUAUCCUCGGUCCUAAUACUUGCUCUCCUCUUUCCUAAGCUGCCCAAGCACGAUGCCAUUGGAGGAGGUGAGAGUUUUUGAGGUCGAUGACAUCAGAGGCGACGAAGAAGGCAAGGACAUGGGUGAUGAAGUAGCGCUCGUCAUUGGUGAGGGUGGUUUGCUGGUGGAGGUCCUACGAGAGGUCCACCUCCUUGAAUAAGAAAAACCAGAUCCAAGGUUUCCAUUUUGAUUUCUACAAAGUUUAGAUGAGGAACAAGACUUGCACGACGCUGGACGAUCUAGGAUUGGAGCUUGAAGAAGGAAAUGAGGUCUUGUUGCCUAUUCUGGAAUGAUUAUUCCGAAAUAGGAUACGUUUUCAAAAUAAUACGAAAACCUUUAUUCUAGAAUAUAUUUUUUCGUAUUUAAGAAUAACCAUUCUAGAAUGGGUGCACCUAGUAAAGAGAUAUUUUUGUUCGUUGCGGUCUUUGGGAGGUGUAGGAUGCGAAAUGGAAGUUACAAGAUAUAAAUGCCUUGUCCAUGUAUGUGAGCCGUAACGGCCCAAAUAAACUAAAACGCCAACUCCCGCUCAAAUUCAAAACCAAAACGCCACGAUUGAGAUUCCGUUCAGAGUUCAGAAUUCAUUCACACACUCCUUUUCACAUUCACUUCAUCUUCACCAUGGCCGUUCGAGAAGAGAGAGUCACGGAGGAGAACGACGCAGAAGAGGCGAAGCGACUGAUGCUGAAAAUCGCCGCGAUUAUGGACGAGGCCCGAACCUCAUACGCCACGCACAACCGAAAGCUCAAGGAAUUGUCGCUCCUCCGAUCCAAAUCCUCUUCUCAUUCGCACUUCUUCUCCGGCUUCUCCAAAACCAUAACUCCUCUCUUCGACUUCCAGAGGCGCCUCGCCUCUGCCGACCGUAUCGUCUCCUUCGUCUCCGCCUUCGCCGCCACCGCUGCUGCCUCCGGUGACUUCCUCGACCACUUCCUCAAGUUCCUCCUGGCUGCCGCCGCAGCAUCAAACAAAACCGCCAGGUUCCGAGCCUGCCAGAUCGUUUCCGAGAUAAUAUUGCGUCUUCCAGAUGAUGCUGAAGUGAGCAAUGAGAUAUGGGAUGAGGUGAUAGAGUGGAUGAAGGUGAGGGUGCGAGACAAGAUCCCUGUUGUACGUACUUUUGCGGUUAGAGCGCUUUCGCGCUUUGUGAAUGACUCUGUGAAUAGUGACAUCCUUGGUUUGUUCCUCGAGGUGCUUCCAUUGGAACAGAAUGCGGAUGUUCGUAAGAUGAUUGUGUUAUCUUUGCCUCCUUCUAGUGCAACCUCUCAAGUUAUCAUUGAUUGUACCUUGGAUGUGAGUGAAUCUGUACGCAAAGCAGCAUACCGUGUUCUAGCUAAUAAAUUUCCUCUUCAAAGCUUAAGCAUUAAACUCAGGACAGUAAUUCUUCGGAGAGGACUUGCUGACCGGUCUGUUGCUGUCUCAAAAGAAUGUUUUAAACUAUUGAAAGAUGAAUGGCUCAUGAAGUGUUGUAAUGGUGAUCCUAUAGAACUUUUGAAGUAUCUUGAUGUUGAAACCUACGAAUCAGUUAGUGAGUCUGUAAUGGAAGCGCUUCUUAAAGCUGGUUUAGUAGAACUACAGAAUGGUGCAAGUAUCCAGCAGUACAUAUCAUCAAAUGGUGACAGAACAGAAGGGGAUUCGGUUCAUUGCCCACCAAGCAUUCAGCCGAUGGAAGCAGAGGCUGCUCUUUAUUGGAGAACUGUUUGCGAGCAUUUACAGUCAGAGGCACAUGCCAAAGGCUCUGAUGCUGCAGCAACAAUGGGUACUGAAGCAGAAGUAUAUGCAGCAGAAGCAUCAGAUAAAAAUGACCUUCUAGAAAAAAUUCUUCCUGCAACAGUUGGUGAAUAUAUAGAAUUGGUCAGAGCUCAUACUAAUGCUGGAUCAAACCAUCGCUUUGCAUGCCGGCAGCUGCUUUUGCUUGGUGCAAUGUUUGAUUUUUCUGAUGUUACAAAUAGAAAGACUGCUGGUGCAUUUCUGCAUGAGCUUAUGUGCAAGCCUCCUGAGCAUGAGGAUGAUGAUGAAGGGAAUAUAGUUGUUCUUGGAGAUGGAUUAAGUUUUGGUGGAGACAAUGACUGGGCUGAAGCUGUAGCCAGUUUAGCAAGGAAAGUCCAUGCUGCUCCUGGUGAAUUUGAAGAAGUUAUUCUAGCAAUAAUAGAAGAGCUCGCCCAACCUUGCAGGGAGAGAACAGCAGAUUAUGUGCAGUGGAUGCACAGCCUCUCUCUUACUGGUCUUUUGCUUAAAAAUGCAAAAUCACUUCGCUUUCUUCAGGGCAAGGCUAUUGGACCUGAUGAGCUACUCCAAUCGUUACUACUACCUGGGGCGAAACAAUCUCACUUGGAUGUGCAAAGGAUUGCAAUCAGAUGCCUUGGCCUUUUUGGACUUUUGGAAAGGAAACCAAGUGCAGAACUUUUGAAACAGUUGAGAAUUUCAUAUAUUAAGGGGCCACAUUCAAUCAGUAUAGAAGCAUGUAAGGCAUUAAUUGAUCUUGUGAUGUGGUAUGGUCCUCAAGAAGUUGACAAGAUGUUAAACCUCAGUAUUCCAUGCCAAUUAAACAGUGAGAAGACGACUUUUUCUCCUGUGAAUUUUUCUGAUUCAGAAAGGGAAUUAGAUGUUGGGACGCUCGAUAUCUUAUAUGGCGGCUUUGAAAAUGAUGACUGGGCGAGUCCUUUACCUAGCAACGAAGAUGAGUGCGUUCAUGCUAUACUUGGAGAGGGGUUUGCCAAAAUUCUUCUCUUAAGUAACAACUAUCCAAGCAUACCAGCUUCUUUGCAUCCUGUUAUUUUAUCAAAGCUCAUUUACUUGUAUUUCAGUGACGUGUCGGAACACUUGCACAGAUUGCAGCAAUGCUUAUCUGUUUUUUUUGAGCUUUACCCAUGUCUCUCAGCCAAUCAUAAGAGUUGCAUAACGAAGAGUUUCAUUCCAGCAAUGCGUUCAAUGUGGCCAGGAAUUUUCGGCAAUUCUUCGGGUUCUACUUUUAUGGUGUCGCAGAUGCGUAAGCGUGCUGUUCAAGCUUCCCGAUUUAUGCUGCAGAUGGUGCAGAUUCCCUUAUACGGUAAAGAGAUUCAACCAGAUUGUGAAAAUACUAACACGGAACAUCCACAAGUCAUAGAUAGUUGUGUGGAACUUCCAUUUGAAUGUGGAGAGGAGGGGCUCGCACUACGCUUAGCCGUAGAGGUGACAAGCUUUCAAUCGAAGAAGACAGCUGCUGAGAAGGCAUAUGUGUCGGCUUUAUGUAGAAUACUUGUUUUGCUUCAAUUUCGGAUAUCAGAACAAGGGCCAGUAAAAUUUAUGAAGAGACUUUUAUGUCGCGUGAUUGAAUGUGCAUCUUCAGAGAAGGAUCUUGUUAAGGAAUUGAAACGCAUGUCUGAACGUCUCAUGACAGUAGAUAGUCAACCAGAUCAGGAAUUGAUGCAAGAUGAAGUUAAUCUUAUUUUGGGGAAAUUGGAACUUGACUGCGACCUGGAUUUGGAUGGUUCUGUGUCAAUGCCGCAAACACCAGCUGCACCCGCAACUAGGCCCACACGUUCUAGGAGAAGGGUAAGGAUUGAAGAAGAAAGUUCUGAUGAAGAUUCACCUUCUGUAGUUCCUACCACCCAACACACUGUACAAAGUCGCUCACAAAGAGCAAGCAAAACGGCAGCAAUGAAAAAGAUGUCUUCUGCUACUAGAUCGCUCAAAAUUGAUGAAAUGGAAGAACUAGAUGAAGAAGACUCUGAUGUGACAGCAGAAGAUUAUGAUGCAUCGGAUUAGUUCAGUUAAAUAUUUGCUUAACAUGAUACAUCUAAUGAUCUUUACGUUGCUAGCAUCAUGUUGUUGUAUUGUUUGAUUACUUAGAUUGCAGGUUCUGUACAGAAAGAGCGCAUCAAUAGUUCACCUUGCAUUUUAUCGUAAGUAUAUAUAUAACUGUAAUAGUAUCGCAAUGCGGAGUGAAUGAAUUUCUUGUGUGUAGAAAUUACUGGUGACUCUGUUGGCACUCUCAUUUCUCAUUGGAUUGCCUUUCAUUAGAAUUAUGCUUGUGUGAAAUCCGAUGUUAGUAGUUUCAA